CCACAGGAACAAGGGGGGGUAAAUAACGGAGCUCAUUCCCUGUUAAAACUUUGUUGCAGCGACUGCGAUCGGCAUUUUAGAUCCAGACGCACACAGCAUGUCUAUACCACCAUCAUCACGUCCUCCUAGAUUCGGUGGCAAAGGCAACGGAAAGCUGGAAAUAUUCAAAUUCGGCCUUUAUGUAUCAAUUCCAGUCAUCGCGUCCAUCAUCUACGGCACUCCAGAUAAUAUGCAAAAUAUCGUGAAUAAAUUCCGUUACGUGGAGUAUCCUGCCGAGGAUAACCGCGACGGAGACGUACUCGUGGGGCAAAGCAUAAGCAAAGAAGAGAGGGCAAGAGCGAUGGCUGCCCUCGAAAAAAAAGAAGACAUAAAAUCAAAAGGAGAUGACACUGCAGCUGAGACGAAAAAGGGUAAAUGGGGAGGGCUGUGGAAGGCAUGAAAGCGCACCAAUGAGGCAGCUUCAAGUGUAAAAGACAAAUUACCGAAAGCCGUUGUUUUAAAUAGACCCACUCCUUUCUCCGGUGGCGGCCCAUUUCGUUUUUGCCCUCCUGCCAUGUCCCAAAGCAAGGACAUGGCAUCUCUG